UUUGUUUGACAACUGAGCAGUGUGAAGUUUGCUGCAGGACAGGUGGUUGCUCCCAGCCGGUUUUUUUCCUGCCACGAGAGAUUUCCUACUUUUCUCCCAGGAGAUUAUUGAUAAACAGCAAGUGUUGGGAAAGGAUUUGGGUAUUAGAAAUCAUGGCUUUUGCUUUUCUUCAGAACACGAAGGUUGUUGCUGUUAGUGCAGUUGGUACAAUAGUUGGACUGACACUGAUGCUAAAGGAUUAUAUGCAGGGAGGAAGAUUCAAAAAUCCCGUAAUGGCAGAAGGGAAAGUCGUGGUUAUCACAGGAGCAAAUACAGGAAUUGGCAAGGAGACUGCUCUAGAAUUGGCCAAGAGGAAAGCACACGUCUACAUGGCAUGUAGAGACAUGGAGAAGUGUGAACAAGCUCGAACGGAAAUUGUUCUAGAGUCAAAGAAUAAAUACGUGUACUGCAGAGAAUGCGAUUUGUCCUCAUUUGACUCAAUCCGGAAGUUUGUAGUCAACUUCCAGCAUGAAAGAGAUAGACUAGACAUCCUCAUAAACAAUGCCGGUGUCAUGAGGUGCCCUAGAACUGUGACAAAAGAAGGCAUAGAGAUGCAAUUCGGAGUCAAUCACAUAGGACAUUUCCUGCUGACAAAUCUUCUACUGGACACCCUUAAGGCAUCAGCUCCCAGUCGAAUAGUGGUAGUAUCGAGCUUGGCACAUGUUCGUGGAGAGAUCAACAUCACAGACCUCAAUAGUGAGAAGAAUUACGAGCGAGGGAAGGCCUACAAUCAGAGCAAAUUGGCUAAUGUUCUCUUUACGCGGGAAUUGGCCAAGAAGCUUCAAGGAACUGGAGUUACCGUGAAUGCUUUGCAUCCUGGAGUAGUUGAUACAGAACUCAUGAGGCACAUGAGCCUCUUUACGAGCUUUUUUUCAGGGUUGAUAGUUAAGCCUCUUAUGUGGCCUUUCUUCAAGUCCCCAAAAUCCGGUGCCCAGACAACCCUCUACUGUGCCCUCGAGCCUGAAUUGGAAGGAGUUUCUGGGCAGUAUUUCAGCGACUGUGCCCCAAAGGAAGUCGCUGAGGCGGCGAAGAAUGACAAUGUAGCCAAGUGGCUGUGGUCAGUGAGUGAAAAAUGGACAGGAUUGGAUCAUAAACCGCCCAAUCGUAUUUCUUUUGCAGUACAGCUUCUAUAUUGAUUUUGAGACGCUGGAUAUCAAGGUGAUCAAUGAGAAGGGGGAAGAUGUCUUCGAGAAGGGUUUCAAGGAGAUGGGACUAGAAGAUUCUGUUCAGGGAAUUCAAGAAAAUCCUCGAGAAAAUCCAGAGAAAGUCGUUGGGUGAUUUUUCAAAAAGCGCGCCAAUAAAGUAAAAAUUUUA